AAAGAUUUUUUUGUUUCUGUUUGUCCAGUCAUCACUGUAAAAACCUGUAAAACCCUAAUCAAAACUCACUCUUUUACAUUUUUAUCAUCUCUGAUAGUUUUCUUAUAUGCAUCACGUCCUUUCCAAUUCUUGAGCCGGAGCUUCAAGUCCUUUAUUUGGAUCCUAAAUUCCGGAUCAUCCCGUUUCAGAAAUGGCGGACUCUUCUUCUCUGGAUUCCAUUUCCGGUUCAGUGUCCACUCAGUCACCCAAUAAACGGGUCCGGAUUUUUCGUGAUGAUAUCUCUUCGAUUCUCAGUAAAUCAGACAUGUCUCCUGAGCUUGCAUCGUCAUUGGUAGAUAUAGUUUUUAAAACCUUGGCUACAUAUGAGGAUCGUAGAUCGAGGAAAGCCGUUGAUGACAUGAUCGUGAAAGCUUUAGGCGAAAUCAUAUUUAUGAAAAGUUUUGCAGCAGCCCUUGUUCAAGCUAUGGAAAAGCAGUCAAAGUUCCAUUCUCAUGUAGGCUGCUAUAGGCUUCUCAAUUGGUCAUGUCUUCUGUUAUGCAAGAGUCAGUUUGCUGCAGUUUCAAAGAAUGCAGUAUGCAGAGUUGCUGCAGCCCAGGCAUCUACUCUUUCUACUGUUAUUCAUAGAUCUUUCCGCGAGCGGAGGGCUUGCAAGCGAUUAUUUUUUCAUUUAUUUUCACAGUCACCACACAUAUACAAAAUCUACACUGAGGAAUUCAAGGAUGCACGGAUCCCCUACAAAGAUAGUCCUGAAUUAAUGUGGCUACUGCUGGAGUUUUCAAUUGCAUCGUCUUCUUUUGAACAAGUCAAGCCAGUAUUUUUGGAUACAUAUGUCAAGGCAGUUUUAAAUGCCAAAGAAAAGCCUGCAACAAGGCUUAGCGAAUCUUUCCAACCGCUUUUUAUGCACUUGUCACAUGAAGAUUUUCAAAAUGUUGUUGUUCCUUCUGCUGCAAAAAUGUUGAAGCGCAACCCUGAGAUUGUGCUUGAAUCUGUGGGAAUUCUUCUGAAAUUUGUCAAACUUGAUUUGAGCAAGUACGCCAGUGAAAUUCUUUCUGUAGUAUUGCCGCAGGCUCGACAUACAGAUGAAAGUAGAAGACUUACGGCAUUGGCCAUAGUCAGGUGUUUGAGCCAAAAGUCAAGUAAUCCUGAUGCUUUGGAAGCAAUGUUUACUGCUGUUAAAGCUGUAAUUGGAGGCUCAGAAGGAAGACUUCAAUUUCCUUAUCAAAGAGUUGGCAUGUUCAAUGCUCUUCAGGAGUUAUCAUAUGCUCCUGAAGGAAAAUAUUUAAGCGGCCUGUCAUGUACGAUAUGCAGCUUUCUUUUGUCUUGCUACAAAAAUGAGGGAAAUGAAGAGGUUAAGCUUGCAGUUUUGUCUGCUAUUGCUUCUUGGGCAGCACGAUCUGCUGAUGCAGUUCAGCCAGAUAUUGUUUCUUUUAUUGCUUCUGGUCUUAAGGAGAAGGAGGUUUUAAGAAGGGGUCAUCUUCGUUGUCUACGGGUCAUAUGCAAAAAUAAUGAUGCGAUUUUACAGAUAUCCUCUUUGCUUGGGCCUCUGAUUCAACUUGUUAAAACUGGUUUCACUAAAGCAGUUCAGCGCUUGGAUGGUGUAUAUGCUUUGCUUAUUGCUGGGAAGAUUGCGUCUGCUGACAUCAAAGCAGAGGAGACUCUGGCAAAGGAAAAAAUCUGGUCUUUGAUAGCUCAAAAUGAGCCUUCACUUGUACAAAUUUCUAUGGCUUCAAAAUUGUCUCCUGAGGAUUCCAUGGCAUGUGUUGAUCUUCUUGAAGUGCUCCUGAUUGAACAUUCACGCAGAAUGUUGGAAGCUUUUUCAGUCAGAUUACUGUUACAGUUAAUUGUCUUCUUACUAUGCCAUCCAAAUUGGGAGGUUCGAAAAAUGUCGCACGACUCUACCAGAAGAAUAAUUACUUCGGUCCCACAAUUAUCUGAAGUUCUUAUAACUGAGUUCACAAAUUUUCUUUCAUCCGUUGCAGAGAAAGUUUUUUCUUUGAAUACAAGUGACACAGAUACUUCAUUGGACCCUCAAGUUCCUUUUCUUCCAUCUGUUGAGGUAUUGGUGAAGGCCUUGAUUGUGAUAUCAUCUGCGACUCUUGCUACUUCUCCAAGUAUAUCCACAAAAAUCUUGUUUUGCUCACAUCAUCCAUGCAUAAUUGGCACUGCAAAUAAAGAUGCUGUUUGGAAGAGAGUCCGCAAAUGUUUGCAAACACUAGGGCUGGAUGUCAUUGGUUUUAUUUCUGCGGAUGUUGAGAAUUUAUGCAAGGGUCUACUAGGGCCGAUGGGGUUGAUGAGUUUGAAUGUCUUUGAACAACAAGCUGCAAUAAAUUCUUUAUCCACAUUGAUGUCAAUUACGCCUAGUGAUACGUAUAUGGAGUUUGAAAAGCACUUAAACAAUCUUGAAGAUCGUUAUUCACAUGAUAUGCUUUCGGAAAAUGACAUUCGGAUUUUCCAUACUCCUGAGGGGAUGCUUUCAAGUGAACAAGGCGUUUAUGUUGCAGAAUCUAUUGCCUCUAAGAACACAAGGCAAGCAAAGGGUCGCUUUCGUAUGUACGAGGACCAAGAUGAUGUGGAUCAUAUCAGCUCUAAUCAUUCUGCAAAGAGAGAACCAACUGGUAGAGAAGCUACUGGCGUGGGGAGAAAAGAUGCUGGGAAGUUGGCAAAGAAAACUGAUAAAGGAAAGACAGCAAAAGAGGAAGCUCGUGAACUAUUGCUGAAAGAGGAGGAGUCAAUUCGCGAGAAGGUCCAGGAUGUACAGAACAACCUGUCUUUGAUACUGAGAGCGCUCGGGGAAAUGGCUGUGUCUAAUCCUGUAUUUGCACACAGUCAAUUGCCUUCCCUGGUUAGAUUUGUUGAUCCUCUGCUUCGGUCACCUAUUGUAAGCGAUGUGGCCUUUGAAACCUUGGUAAAGCUUGCUCGAUGUACAGCUCCACCGCUUUGUAAUUGGGCCCUUGACAUUGCCACUGCAUUGUGCCUUAUUGCGACCGCGGAAGUCAGUGUUCUACCAAAUCUCAUUCCAACAGUUGGCGAAGGGGAAACCAAUGAAAGACCAUCCUUGGGCCUUUUCGAAAGAAUAAUUGCUGGGUUAUCUGUAUCUUGUAAAUCUGGCCCUCUUCCUGUAGAUUCCUUCACUUUUGUCUUUCCGAUAAUUGAGCGUAUUCUAUUAUCUUCUAAGAAGACUGGGCUUCACGAUGAUGUGCUUCGCAUUCUCUAUUUGCACAUGGAUCCCCAAUUACCCCUUCCUAGGCUUAGAAUGCUAUCAGCUCUUUAUCAUGUACUAGGAGUUGUUCCUGCAUAUCAAGCAUCUGUUGGAGCAGCUUUGAAUGAAUUGUGCCUUGGUCUAAAAGCGGAUGAAGUUGCCUCUGCUCUUUAUGGAGUGUACGCAAAAGAUGUUCAUGUAAGAAUGGCCUGCUUAAAUGCCAUAAAAUGCAUUCCAGCUGUUUCUAGCCGUUCUCUUCCUCAGAAUGUUGAGAUUGCAACCAGCAUUUGGAUUGCUUUACAUGAUCCAGAAAAGUUAAUUGCUGAAGCUGCAGAGGAUAUAUGGGAUCGUUAUGGAUGUGACUUUGGGACCGAUUAUUCUGGGCUUUUCAAAGCACUAUCUCAUAUUAAUUAUAAUGUUCGUAUAGCUACUGCAGAGGCAUUGGCUGCUGCUUUGGAUGAAAACCCUGAUUCUAUACAGGAAUCGCUUUCUACGUUAUUUUCCUUAUAUAUUCGAGAUGCUACUUUUGGUGAAGACAAUGUUGAUGCUGGGUGGAUAGGCAGGCAAGGAAUAGCAUUGGCUUUGCAUUCUGCUGCUGAUGUUCUGAGAACAAAGGACCUUCCUGUUGUUAUGACAUUCCUGAUAUCACGUGCAUUGGCUGACCCUAAUGCAGAUGUUCGAGGAAGAAUGAUCAAUGCUGGCAUAAUGAUCAUUGAUAAGCAUGGGAAAGAAAAUGUUUCUUUGUUAUUUCCAAUAUUUGAGAAUUACCUGAACAAAAAGGCAUCGGAUGAGGAAAAAUAUGAUUUGGUUCGUGAGGGUGUAGUAAUAUUUACUGGAGCUUUGGCAAAACAUUUGGCAAAGGAUGAUCCUAAAGUUCAUGCUGUGGUGGAGAAGUUGCUAGAUGUGUUAAACACUCCAUCAGAAGCUGUUCAACGGGCAGUGUCGACAUGCCUAUCUCCAUUAAUGCAAUCAAAGCAAGAUGAUGCAGCUUCUCUUGUUUCUAGGGUGUUAGAUCAACUGAUGAAGAGUGAUAAAUAUGGUGAGCGCCGUGGAGCAGCUUUUGGACUGGCUGGAAUAGUUAAGGGAUUUGGAAUAUCUAGCUUGAAGAAUUAUGGCAUUAUUGCUGCUUUAAGAGAAGGUCUUGUGGAUAGGAAUUCUGCAAAAUCUCGUGAAGGAGCUCUUUUGGCUUUUGAAUGCCUCUGUGAAAAGCUUGGAAAAUUGUUUGAACCGUAUGUAUUACAACUGUUCAAAAUACUUAACUGUAAAUUUAUCUGUACAAUUACACCUGCCCUAUUUCUGUUUUGCUUCAGGUAUGUGAUUCAAAUGUUACCACUACUUUUGGUGUCUUUCUCGGAUCAAGUAGUUGCUGUUCGUGAAGCUGCUGAAUGUGCUGCUCGUGCUAUGAUGUCUCAACUCAGUGCUCAGGGGGUUAAGCUUGUUCUUCCAUCACUUUUAAAGGGUCUUGAGGAUAAAGCCUGGCGGACAAAACAAAGCAGUGUUCAGCUUCUUGGUGCUAUGGCUUACUGUGCCCCUCAACAAUUGUCGCAAUGUCUCCCCACAAUUGUGCCAAAACUUACAGAGGUAUUAACUGAUACGCAUCCCAAGGUCCAGUCAGCAGGGCAAACGGCACUUCAGCAGGUUGGGAGUGUUAUAAAGAAUCCAGAGAUCUCAUCUCUUGUUCCUACACUUCUCAUGGCCCUGACAGACCCCAAUGACUAUACUAAGUAUUCCCUUGACAUUCUCCUCCAGACAACUUUUAUUAACUCAAUCGAUGCCCCUUCACUUGCACUCUUGGUGCCAAUAGUUCAUAGAGGCCUGAGGGAACGGAGUGCUGAAACUAAAAAGAAAGCUUCACAAAUAGUUGGAAAUAUGUGUUCUUUAGUUACAGAACCAAAGGAUAUGAUUCCAUACAUAGGGUUGCUUCUUCCUGAAGUUAAAAAGGUUCUCGUGGAUCCAAUUCCUGAAGUUCGCUCUGUUGCAGCGAGGGCCAUUGGAUCACUUAUAAGAGGAAUGGGUGAAGAAAACUUCCCCGAUCUUGUUCCAUGGCUGUUUGAUACGCUAAAAUCUGAUACUAGUAAUGUUGAACGCUCUGGAGCUGCUCAAGGGUUGAGUGAGGUUUUAGCUGCACUAGGAACGAAAUACUUUGAGCAUGUACUUCCUGAUCUUAUUCGAAACUGUUCUCAUCAAAGAGCAUCCGUACGAGAUGGAUAUUUAACGCUUUUCAAGUUUUUGCCAAGGUCUUUAGGUGUUCAAUUCCAGAAUUAUUUGCAGCAGGUGCUGCCUGCUAUCUUAGAUGGUCUUGCCGAUGAGAAUGAAUCCGUGCGUGAUGCAGCAUUAGGUGCUGGUCAUGUCCUUGUCGAGCACUAUGCAACAACAUCUUUGCCCCUUCUCCUUCCUGCUGUUGAGGAUGGUAUUUUUAAUGAUAAUUGGCGCAUUCGACAAAGCUCUGUGGAACUUUUAGGAGACCUCUUAUUUAAGGUUGCUGGAACUUCAGGAAAAUCUUUACUUGAGGGUGGCAGUGAUGAUGAAGGUGCUAGUACUGAAGCACAUGGGCGUGCAAUAAUUGAGGUUUUAGGAAGAGAGAAACGUAAUGAAGUGCUUGCGGCACUGUACAUGGUUAGGACUGACAUGAGUCUAUCCGUACGUCAGGCUGCCUUACAUGUAUGGAAAACUAUCGUGGCAAAUACUCCUAAGACUCUCAAGGAAAUUAUGCCAAUUUUGAUGAAUACCCUGAUUUCUUCUCUUGCAUCAUCAUCAUCUGAAAGGCGGCAGGUUGCUGGACGAGCAUUAGGUGAACUAGUUCGGAAGCUUGGUGAAAGAGUACUUCCUUUGAUUAUCCCAAUUUUAUCCCAGGGGUUGCGGAAUCCUGAUGCUAGCAGAAGACAAGGUGUGUGCAUUGGUCUGAGUGAAGUAAUGGCAAGUGCUGGGAAGAGCCAGUUAUUGAAUUUCAUGGAUGAGCUUAUCCCCACUAUUAGGACUGCACUUUGUGAUAGCAUGCUUGAGGUUCGUGAGUCUGCAGGCUUAGCAUUCAGCACCCUCUACAAGAGUGCUGGAAUGCAAGCAAUUGAUGAAAUCGUUCCAACGCUGCUACAUGCUCUGGAAGAUGAUGAAACUUCUGAUACUGCUCUGGAUGGCCUCAAACAAAUCUUAAGCGUCAGGACUGCAGCUGUAUUGCCUCAUAUUUUGCCCAAGCUGGUCCAUCUUCCACUUUCUGCCUUUAAUGCGCAUGCUCUAGGGGCGUUGGCAGAGGUUGCGGGACCUGGGCUUAAUGUUCAUCUUAGUACUGUGCUCCCCGCUUUACUCUCUGCUAUGGGUGGUGAGGACAAGGAUGUUCAAACUUUGGCAAAGGAGGCUGCAGAAACAGUGGUCUUGGUCAUAGAUGAGGAAGGCGUCGAGUAUUUGAUAGCAGAGCUUCUUAAAGGUGUUGGAGAUAGUAUGGCUUCAGUUAGAAGAAGUUCAUCAUAUCUGAUAGGAUACUUCUUUAAAAACAGCAAGUUAUAUUUGGCUGAUGAAGCUCCAAACAUGAUAUCUACACUGAUUGUUUUACUUAGCGACAUGGAUUCGGCAACUGUUGCGAUUGCUUGGGAAGCAUUAUCAAGGGUUGUUAGCUCAGUUCCUAAGGAGGUACUUCCUUCAUACCUGAAACUGGUCCGUGAUGCUGUGUCUACAUCCAGAGAUAAAGAACGUAGGAAGAAGAAGGGAGGACCAGUUCUCAUUCCUGGAUUCUGUCUCCCAAAAGCACUUCAGCCACUGGUUCCAAUAUUUCUCCAAGGAUUAAUUAGUGGCUCUGCAGAUCUAAGGGAGCAGGCAGCACUGGGCCUUGGGGAGCUUAUUGAAGUCACUAGUGAACAAGCACUGAAAGAUUUUGUCAUCCCAAUCACAGGGCCUCUUAUCAGGAUCAUAGGCGAUCGGUUCCCUUGGCAGGUGAAGAGUGCCAUAUUGUCUACUUUAAGCAUCAUAAUAAGGAAGGGUGGAAUGGCCCUAAAACCCUUUCUUCCCCAGCUUCAAACAACAUUUAUCAAGUGUCUACAAGAUAAUACAAGGACGGUUCGUACAAGUGCUGCCCUUGCACUUGGAAAGCUUAGUGCACUCAGUACUAGGGUUGAUCCUCUAGUCAGUGACCUCCUGUCCAGUCUGCAGGCCUCUGAUGCUGGUGUUCGGGAGGCCAUUCUCAUGGCUUUAAAAGGCGUACUAAAAUAUGCUGGGAAAAGUGUGAGCAAUGCAGUCAAAAUCCGUGUCUUUAGUCAAUUGAAUGAUUUGAUUCAUCAUGAUGAUGACCAAGUCCGGAUUUCUUCUGCUAGCAUAUUGGGUAUCACAUCACAGUACAUGGAAGCUGCUCAGCUCAUUGACCUGCUCCAUCAACUCUCAAACUCUGCUUCUUCUCCAAGCUGGGUUUCUAGGCAUGGUUCAGUUCUCACUAUCUCAUCCUUGCUCAGGCACAACCCUUCCUCGGUUAUUACUUCUGCUGAGUUUCCAUCAAUAAUAGACUGCCUUAAAGAUGGCUUGAAAGAUGAGAAGUUCCCUCUUCGUGACACUUCAAUUGAGGCAUUAGGACGGCUUCUUCUUCAUCAAAUUUAUAGUGAUCAGUCAAAAACAUCUUCUUAUGUGGAUAUCCUUUCAUCGAUAGUGUCAGCUUUGCGCGAUGACUCCAGUGAAGUCAGAAGAAGGGCAUUAUCUACUCUAAAAGCUGUUGCAAAAGCAAGUCCUCCAUUCAUUACGACUCAUGUUUCAAUUAUUGGCCCUGCUCUUGCUGAAUGUUUGAGAGACAGUAGUACUCCAGUGAGGCUAGCAGCGGAAAGAUGUGCUGUGCACACCUUCCAGUUGACAAAAGGUACAGAAAAUAUUCAGGCUUCCCAAAAGUUCAUCACAGGAUUGGAUGCAAGACGACUUUCAAAAUAUCCUGAACAUAGUGAUGACAGUGAAGAUAGUGAAGAUGACUUGACAAGUGGCUGAAAAGUUGGUUGCUGAUCCAUUUUCAUGGGUAAGUUUAUUCCUGAAAGGAUUUGAAACAGCUCAUACUGUCAUGAAGUUUUGAGGCCCAUUCUUCUUCGACAUCUGUGUUUAUAGGGAGUAUAUAGACAUAUAUACACACUUAGCGCGAGAGACAGGUUUGACACCCAAAUUUUCCCGCUUGGGUCUUAUUUGUAUGCUUCUAUAACUAUGAAUUAGUUUUGAAUUAGAACCAUAUGAAACACGGGCGAAUGUUAGCUCUCAUCUUUUGAGAACUAUUGCAAUUAUCAGUUGAAAAUAGGAAAAGCUAAUUGUUAGAAGGCCGGUCUUUCGUUGUAAUUUAUGUUCAGUGCUACCUAGGUGUCAUUUGCACGAUAAUUUUGUUCCUUUUGCCAGUAUGUUUCAUACUUGAGAGGAUCCAUGUGCUGUCUUUCCCAAAUGUUUAUUUGCAGUAUUAUUGAAUAAAAGGCUCAGCAGAAAUAAUACUUAUCAA